CAAAAGCAGACGAUAAGGUCGUAUAGUAUGUAAUGAAUCAUAAAACUUAAAGCGAGUGAAUUACGAAAUCUUCUUGCGCUCAUCUGUAAUAAUACAUUCGAUAAUUAUUUCUCAGUAUUUUACAAUUAAGAUUGGGUAAUUGUAACGUUCAGUUGCACGGAUAAUGAGUUCUCUAAAACCUUCCAAAGUGCGAAGGGAAGAUGCCGAUCCAGAUCCAUUUAUGAUAAAAAUCAGCCGCAAAAAUGGGGAAGUCAACCGAAUGAAAAUUAGUUCUUUACGUAAGAAAUUAUUUGAUAACCACCUAAGUCCCGAUGGUGUUGAUAAAGUUCUACAAAGACGUCUGAAGAAUUACUAUAAACGACAGUUGUAUGCCGAAUCUCAACGUCAGCUAUCUCAACCAACGUUGGAUUACAUUGUUGUUAUAGAUUUUGAAGCAACUACAGAAGAAACCAAAGGAAACGAUUAUCCUCACGAAAUAAUAGAGUUUCCGAUUGUCUUAAUUGAUGUGAAAAGUGCUACUGUUGCUGGUGAAUUUCAUGAAUAUGUAAAACCGGUCUUAAAUCCGAAAUUAUCCAAAUUCUGUAGGACUUUGACUGGAAUAAGUCAAAAAAGAAUCGACGUUGCUGAUGAAUUUCCUCAAGUAUUUUCCAGAGCAGUAAAAUUUUUAGAGGAACGUGUAUUUGGAACAAGAUGGGCAAUAUUAACGGACGGUCCAUGGGACAUGUCAAGGUUCCUAUACAAACAGUGUUCGAUAUCACGUCUUCCAUUUCCAAAAUGGGCCAGAAAAUGGAUUAAUGUACGAAAAGUUCAUGCUAACUAUUAUGCUGUUGGAAAGCCCAAAAAAAUAAUUUUAAUGCUGGAAGAUCUAGGAAAGGAAUUUGAUGGUAGUUUGCAUUCUGGAAUAGAUGAUACUAGAAAUAUAGCAAGAAUAGCCUUAAGUCUUCUAGAAGACGGAUGCGAUAUCGUAACAAAUGAGAAACUCCUGGAACCUAUAGAAUACGAUGGACAUUGUAUAGGAGCCGAUUUCAGAAGACAACUCUCCGACGAUUUUCAAAGACCUAAAGAAACCAACAGCAAGAAUACUAUGGAAAUUGAUCACGAUACAUUAUCGAGUUUACAUUCCCAAAUACAAGGAUUAGAAAUAUCAAAGGAUAAAAAGAGAGUAAGAAGAAAAGAAGUUGCACCUGAGAACAAUGACGAUGACGAAGACACUGAAAUUUCUAACAAUCGAGCUAAAGAUUUAUCGAUGAAAUACAGAAGUGAAGGAAAUAACGAUAAAGAUAAGCAGGGGAAAUAUUGCAGAGUUUGGUUGCUGGACGACACAGAAGUUAGAUUUAAUGUUAAGCCAAAUCAUAAAGGCCAAUCCGUACUAUCUAAAGUUUUCAAACACCUUAAUCUAGUCGAAAAGGAAUAUUUUGGUUUGAGAUUCAUUGACAAUACAAAUCAAGCCCAAUGGCUAGAUACAUCCCGUGGCCUAGGUUCCCAAUUCAAAGGACCACCGCCCUAUACUUUUUAUUUUGGUGUAAAAUUCUACGCGGUUGAUCCGUGUAAAUUAAAGCAGGAAAUAACGAGAUAUCAAUUCUUCUUACAAGUUAAAAAGGAUAUUUUCCAAGGUCGUCUACCUGUUACUUUUGAAAUGGCUGCAGAAUGUUCAGCAUUAGCUGUGCAAUCUGAAUUAGGAGAUUUCGAUCCUGCACGACAUACUCAAGGAUACGUUUCCGAAUUUCGCUUCGUGCCAAAUCAAACUGAACAAUUAGAAGCCAGAAUAGCCUAUUUGCAUAAAUUUUUAGUUGGUAAAAUACCAGAGGUUGCAGAAUGUAAGUUUCUGGAUAAAGUUAAAUGGUUAGAAAUGUAUGGCGUUGACAUGCAUCAUGUUAUAGGCGACAACAAAGUCGAUUAUCUGUUGGGCUUAACACCCACUGGCAUAGUGGUUUAUAAAAAUAAACAGAAAGUGGGAAAUUACUACUGGCCCAGAAUAUCUAAAAUAUCGCACAGGAAUACAAAAUUUAUUCUCAAAGUUCGAGAUAAGAAUAAUGAUGAAAAUACUCAAACUUACGAUUUAAACACAAAAUCAGCAUGUAAAUAUUUAUAUCGAUGCAGCGUAGAUCACCAUGCUUUCUUCAGGCUGACAAGACGAGUGGACUUAGUGAAUUCAACAAAAGCAUCGAAUUCAAAAAGAUCCAGUCGCCGAGACAAUAAUGAUCCUCAAAAAGAUAGAUCACCGUCCCUUACCAGAACAGAACCCAAUUUUGUGAGAACCCCAAGUAAACGACAUCGAAGGCGUCGUUCCGAUGGUGCUAUGACAGAUUUUUUAACAAGCUCAGCCCCCAAUAUAAAUGAAAUGUCACGUUCGUUAAAAAACUCAGGUCCAUCUGCCGGAAGAAUGGCUAACGGUCAAGCCGGUGAUGUAAUGUACCUUUCUGAUUUGCCUGAUUCACCUCGUUCUGGACGAAGUAUGAAAAGUGCUAGGUCGUGGUCGGAAGCAACACAGCGACGUAUUGCUGGAGCUUGGCCCAUGAGAAAGGAUAGAUCAUUACAGUCAAUACAAUCUGAACCAGCCGGAGCACAGCGAAAUCGUAGAAAUCGACAAAGAAGUAGGUCUCCCGGUAGGAAACCACCUGAAGAACUGGCACAGCACUUUCGUUAUGUUGAAAUGGAUACUGAUGUGGCUAAUCUUACCGAAGAACAAAAGCAAAAAAUGAUGGAUAUACCAUAUAUUGAAGUAAAAACAACCCGACCUGCUCCAAGAGUUAAUAACCGAACACGUCAACGUUAUCGAUCGCCUAUGAGAAGUGAACGACGAGAAUGCGACAGAGAAUCAGUAAAAUCGGGAGGGCGUCUCUACCCGCCGACAGUCGUCCAUAACAAUAUACCCGUUGAACCGCCGCCACCAUAUUCCCCACCCCAUUCAGAUCAAAGGUACAGCUGUCCACCCGCCUAUUUCCCGCCAAUACCACCCCCACCGAUAAUGGCCAGACCCGAACUGGAAGGUGCUAUACAUCCUCAACCUCGUUUACCUCGAGAUUUUAGCAAUCGACCUCAUUCAAGGAUCCCUAAAUCGACAGGUUACGCUGAACAGGUAUCAUCUAAUUAUCAAGCUCGCCACUCGAGAUCUCGACAAAGAACAACAACGCCUCUGUCCAGAUCGACCCGUAGUUCCCUCACAACACAAAUAUAG